ACAUAAACUCCGAGCAACUUUUUGUCCUCAAUUGGGUAUUGGGUCUCCGUCCUCCUACGGUGCUCGAUCUUCCUCGUCUUCGCCGCAGCUUCACUCGAAUCUCAACCAGUGUGCUUCCCUCUGCUCCAAUCUCCCGUGUCAGCGACGGAUCCGCUUGUCUCCGGUGACUUCCCGUCAAUUCGGCGCUUCAUCGCAAGUUGACUGAUUUCAAUUGCUUGCGUUUACAUCGCCUUUCGGAUAAUUUUUCGGCAAACAUCGAGUGGCAACCUGAUUUGUUGAUGCUAAUCGGAUCGGCCGAUUCCAUAAAUAUUAGCAUUUCUGGCAUAGUUCACGCUUUUGCUAGCUAAGAUUUAUUUUCUCGCCGGGACAAAUUACCGGAGGCAUCUUCAGGGAUUGUGAGCUCAUUUCCAUUGGAACAUAAAAUGGAUCCUCUAAAAUCAUAUUUCGGAAGAUUGUUGCAGGAAGAGAUAAGCCCUAUGAUAAUGGUACGGACCACUCCGCUUGCGGAAGAUGCUUGCCAGAAGAAUGGGCUGAAUUUUGUCGAGUUGCUUCUACCAUUCUCGUCUUUCACUAAACUGAAUGUUCCUGUUCGUACUGCAAACGACCAACCUUAUAGGAUACAGCUGUUCAAGCUUCGUUUGGCUUAUGCUUGUGAUAUACACCUUCAGAACGAUGAGGUUGCUGAAGAGCAUUUGAAGCAGGUGGUGCUUGAUGCCAACCAAAAUAUUCUUCCUCAUUUGACCUCUGAGCCACCAGAACUUCAAAAUUUACUUAAAAAAUCUGAUUUAUGCCCAUCAUGGAUAGAGACAUUCAAUAAGGAGCUUAUCCGGACAGUAUCUUUUUCAGAGCAUGAAACUUUUGACCACCCUGUGGCAUGUCUAUUUGUGGUGUCAUCAAAAGAUGAACAACCUAUCAACAGAUUUGUGGAUCUUUUGAACACAGAUCAAUUUCCACCGCUUCUUAAUGAUGGGGUGAUGGAUCCAAAAAUAUUGAAGCAUUAUUUGGUAUUACAUGACAGACAAGAUGGCUCACCUGAUAAGGUCUCCAAUAUUUUAGCAGAAAUGAGGAGUACCUUUGGAUCAAACUGCAAAUUCUUGUGCAUAAAUUCUGCUGAAGCUAGGAGUGAUGAUGGGAAGGAUGUUCCAUGGAUGCCUUAUGGAAGCCAUAUAUUGCACAGAGAUAAUACUGCUCGUUUGCUUAGCCGUGAGGAUAUUAAUGGGGUUAGGGAUUUCAUGCAAGAUUUAUCUUCCAAUUAUAUUAUUCCACACAUGGAGCAAAAGAUACGAAUUCUCAAUCAGCAGGUUGCGGCAACUAGACGAGGUUUUAGAAACCAAAUAAAAAAUUUAUGGUGGAGAAAAGGAAAAGAAGAUGCACCUGAAUCUCCUGAUGGUCCUACAUAUACAUUUAGCUCUAUCGAGUCUCAGAUAAGAGUCCUUGCUGAUUAUGCCUUUAUGUUGCGGGAUUAUGAACUUGCCUUGUCAAAUUAUCGAUUACUUUCCACUGAUUACAAACUUGAUAAAGCCUGGAAGCGUUAUGCUGGUGUACAGGAAAUGACUGGCCUUUGUUCCUUUAUGUUGGAUCAGUCAAGAAAGGAUUCUGACUAUUGCAUGGAAACUGCCUUCACUACAUACUUGAAAAUUGGGUCAUCUAGUCAAAGAAAUGCCUCAAGGUGUGGGCUAUGGUGGGCAGAAAUGCUCAAGGCCAGGGGGCAGUACAAGGAUGCCGCAAAUAUAUAUUUUCGCAUUUCUAAUGAGGAACCUUCUCUGCAUGCAGCUGUGAUGCUUGAACAAGCAUCAUACUGCUAUUUGCUUUCCAUCCCACCAAUGUUACGCAAGUAUGGUUUUCAUCUUGUUCUGUCUGGAAACCGUUACUACAUUUCUGAUCAGAGACAUCAUGCGAUUCGAGCUUACAGGAAUGCACUCUUCGUUUACAGAGAAAAUGGUUGGAGUUAUAUAUCUGAUCACGUUCACUACAAUGUUGGAAGGUGGUAUUCUUUUAUUGGAGUUCUUGAUUUGGCUAUCAAGCAUAUGCUGGAGGUUUUGGCUUGCAGUCAUCAGUCCCUAGCCACACAAAAUGUAUUCCUUAAUGAAUUUUUCCAUGUUGUCCAGAGCAUGGGAAAGAAAUUUGAGGUUUACAAUCUUCGACUACCUGUUAUCAAUAUGGCCUCACUCAAAGUAUUUUAUGAAGAUUUCCGAACUUACGCAUCACCUUCAGAUGUCCAUGUAAGUGAAAAUUUGUGGCAGUCGUUGGAGGAAGAACUGGUACCUUCAGCAACCACGAGCAGAUCAAACUGGCUGGAUUCACAAAUGAAAUCCUCUUCAAGAAGAAACAAUGAUUCAGCUGUAUGUGUGGUUGGAGAAGCAGUUGUUGUGGAACUUGAAUUUCAGAACCCUCUUCAGGUUGCAGUUCCUAUCUCUGAAAUUUCUCUUAUAUGUGAGCUCACUGCAAAAUCUGAGGGAACAGAAACAGGUAGUAGUUCAUUAAACACACCACCACCUGAUGGGGAUUUCGAGAGCCCAUACAAUAGUGAUUCUUCCUUUAUGCUAUCAAAGCUGGAUGUUAUUUUAGAAACCGGUGAGACAAAGAGGAUACAACUUGAAGUUUGUCCGAAGAUGGAAGGUUUAUUAAAAAUAACCGGAGUGAGGUGGACUCUAUCGGAUACUGUGAUUGGUUAUCGGCACUUUGAGUUUGAUAUGAAGGGCAAGCAGAAAAAAGGAAGAAGAGAUUUAAGCUCUUUAAGCACUAACCUGGAGUUUUUGGUGAUUAAGGGCUUGCCGAAACUUGAGGCAUGUAUUCAGCACUUACCAAAGAAAAUAUUUACUGGGGACCUAAGGCCUCUACUACUGGAACUUCGGAACCAAUCAGAAUUUUCUGUGAAGAAUAUUAAAAUGAAAAUCAGUCAUCCAAGGUACCUCAUUCCUGGAAACAUUGAAGAACUAAACAUGGAUUUUCCUAAAUACUCUGAAAAUCUUGAAAGUGCUGUAAUUAAGGAGGCACCAGCAACUGUCAUUCCAAACACUAAGAGUUUUUUGUUUUCAUUUCCAGAUGAUGCUAAAGUACAAGGCAGAGCAUGCUUAACGUGGCCUCUUUGGUUUCAUGCUGGUCUUACUGGAAAGAUUUCCCUGUAUGUGUCAAUAUAUUAUGAAGUUGAAAGUUGUUCCAAUAACAUGACUUAUCGUAUACUGCGAAUGCACCAUGACUUGGAGAUAUUGCCAUCUAUAGAUGUAUCAUUCAAUAUCACUCCAUGCAAAUCAAGCUUGCAUGAAUUCUUUGUCCAGAUGGACAUAGUGAACAAGACAAAAUCGGAUUCUUUCUCUCUCCAUCAGUUGUCAAGUGUUGGCAAUAUGUGGGAGAUAUCAGCUUUGCCUACCACUCUUUAUAUCUGCCCUGUGCAAACGUUACUGGCGGGUCAGGCUUUGUCAUGCUUCUUUAAGCUAAAGGAUUGUCGGAAAAAUUCAAGUAAUGAAGAACAUCUCAGCGGUUGUGAUUUGUUGAUGGUUUCUCAAGAUAACAAAGAAGUAAUUGAUGUGUCAAAGUCUCCCAUGGUUGAAUUUCAUCAGUUCGAGAGACACCACCAGGUGAAGUCUUCUAAGGGAGAUCUGGGCAAGGUUGACUUCAUUUUGAUAUCAAAGAUGGCCAAAACAGAUCCUGUAAUUGAGCCAGUAGAACGACCAAAAUUGUUAACCAAUCAUACUUGCCAUAUCAGUAUUAGCAGCAACAGCCCCAUAUCCUGGCAAAUGAGUGGCUCCAGAAUGAUUAACCAUGAUUUCUCUGCUUCCUUCUGUGAGGUUGGUUUUCAUUUGAGAGUCCAGAAUUGUUCUGAUUCUGUUGUUUCCAUCAGACUGGUAACCUAUGAUGUCAUGCCUGGGAGAAAACACUCAGAAAUGGCCAAGCUUUCUGAUUCUUCUGGAAAUGGAAGUGGAUGGAAUGACAUAUCCUUGGUUAAUGAUAUAAAAGUUGUCUCCAGUGUUCAGGGGAAUCGACCUAAGAAAUUAUCAAUGGAGUCUCAAUUUCCCUUUAUAUGGUGUGCAUUAAGCUCUACUAAACUUGAUUUGCAGCCUCUGUCUUCAUCUGAAAUUCCCUUGAAGAUCUGUCUAUUUACACCUGGUACAUAUGAUUUGUCAAACUACGAAUUGCAUUGGGAGCUAAAUCCACCCGAGAGAAUUACCGGUGAUUUAAAAACAUGCACUUCUGGUACAGUUUAUGGGCAUCCUUUCUACCUGACGGCAAUCCAGUUACAGCAUUAAGGAAACCACGACAGUGAGGAUUCUCUUGCUUCACACCUUGUAAAUUAUGCUUUUUUGUCACCAAGGCUGAAUAGACAAUCAAAUCAUCUUGUUAUAGGCGAGAUGUGCUUUAGCUGCUAGUGAUGUAUAAUUUUCUCAUGGGUCUCCUGCGGGCAGCUUCUGUUGGUUCAUGGCAUAUUUUUUGAGUUUUGUUUUUUGACAAAAAUUUCAUUCCAACAGUUUUUUGCUCCUUUAGAUCGGCCGGUUUUGCACACAAUCUUAUUCUCUUGUACACAUGUAACAUGGCAGCCCUUUAUGUUGCUACUUAUAUUUUGGAUGUGGUGAUUCAUGGAUGAUCUAUCAUAAUGCCCAAGGUGAUUCAAUGACCAGCUGUAUUGUAUGUUGAUGCUGAAAAUGGCAUGCUUUGCUUUUCGUUCUC